CACGAGUGUUUUUUUUAUAUUCUUUUGGUUAAAUCAAUGUUUAUUUCUAAGAUCCUGGGCUCCAAGCCGUGCAACAACAAGUAAUGUCAAGCUUCAGUUCGGUUAGAAUUGUCUUAGUUGGGUAACGCAACCUCCUCCAUGUUUGUGCCGGGUGCUUUGUCAGUGGGAAGGCGGGAAGGCGGCCAAGUUCAAGAUCAUCCUCCACGCCUCAUGAUCCGUAUCAUCUACAUAUCAUCGCCCAGACGAGAGGCACGAGAGUCACCCACUGCCUGACCGCCGUGACUAGACUCAAGCCCAAGGGAAAAAUCCAGAGAAUUAGUGGACCUGAUGACAGCCUCGGAGUCCGCGGUUCGUCAGUGGUCGGAGCUGUGCGAUGGACUCCGCAGCGAUAAAAUCACCACCCGCAAAAAAAGCGCCGAAGAAAUUCGUACGGUUUUCUCCACUCACCGAGCCCGCAUGUUGUCCGCGUUGCGGGUGGUCGGGACGCCGGGACCCGCGAUUCAGCUGUGGAAUAGUGCCCUCCAAUAUCUUCGACUGGAAUCGGCUAAAGUGGAAGCGGAUGGGAAGAAGAAAGGCUCCUUGGCCUCGCUCUCCACACAAAUAGGUCUGGUCCGCGGUUUUGUGGUGGAAGUACUCCAACGAGUUAUCCAACAUUCACCCGCUUCGUUGAGUCCUGGGUCUGUGUUUCGGACCCUAACUGAGAUUUUAGUGGGCGAUUGGGGACACUUCCUUCGCGAUCAGUUUGCCGAAGUGGCCAUCAAAGUGUUGACCUAUGUCUUACCCCAAUCGGAUUUUCAUCGUCGAUUCUUGUAUCCGGUGUGGCCUCGACUUUUGAAUGGAGUUUUUCACCUCUUCGUGUCCACCCCUCAAUGCUUGACACUAUUGUCUACGUGCCAGUUUCUCCACAAUGUGAUAUUCUUCGCCCACCAACAAACCGGAUUGGUUGUAUCCUGUCUCCGCGACAACUUGGAUGUGUUAACGCGUGUAUUGUCUGAAUCCCACUUGCGGCAAGAGUCCAUGGACACGAUUAACGCCUUCUUCCACGCCCUUAAUCUCGUGUCCCGCAUUUUAAGUUUGGAUUGUCGGCCCGCCCUUUGCCAAAUGGGUGAGACCGGUGUGUCACCCGUCCUAGACAUGUUUGAAUCGCGAACACAAAAAGUGAUUGUGGAGUUUCUAGUACUGCAGAUGCAGCUACAUCAUCCCAAAGGAGCAGAUACACAAGAAAAAGGGGCAUUGGUCCAUGACGACCAAGAGUGGAGAACCGGCUUAUACCGAAUUUAUGCCAACAUCAUCGAUACCUCCAUUCGUAACCAUAUCCGCCGUUUGAACUCGCGGUUCGAGCGAAACUAUUGCCUUGAAGAGCCGUUAGUUCAAUUGGCAGCCAUGGUCUGUCAUCAAUUGUUCAAAGCUGCCCAAGGUGACGAUCCUUACCCACCGGCAAUACACGUGACCCAAAUUACCCAUUUGGACACGACUCAAGGAGCUCCGGGUCCCAAACGACGCCGGGUGGAAGGAGCUUGUCUCCACGGCUUCUUGGAGUUCAUUCGCAAAUGUAUGUCCGAGAAAGAAGCUCAAAAGAAGAGUGUGGCUCAUUUGCAAAUUCUGAAGGCUAUGCUGGAACAAUUCUCGACCUCGUUUCGGGACGAUUCUUCUUGGCAGAGCAUUUUUCAACUCGUCACUGAGUCAUUAAAGAGUUGCAAACUAGCCGAAGCUCGGACACUCUUGCUUGCUUGUGGUUUGUGCUUGCUCGAGAUGAGGGAUACCUUCCGGAAAAAUCACGCCCUCCACUUGUCUCAGUUGUGGGAAUCCGCCCUGACUUGCAUCGCUACGAAUCAGUGUACGCAAGCUAGUCAUGAUGUGGCUCAAAUCAUGAUUAAGAGAAAUAUGGGCAAGAACUUGAACAACCUCUAUGAGCUCUAUUUGCGACGUGUGAUUCGUUGCAACUCGCAGUCCAUCAAAACACUGACCAUCCUACUUUACCACCGGGACGUUCCACCAUCUGUUGAUCUCGAGAGAGACUGUUCCCCUGGCCUUGACCUCUUCUUAUGGCUGUUUGAUGAGGAUGCAGAUUCGGAAGAGUCAAUGCGUUAUUCGGACUGGGAGGUAGUUUGUGCGAAGCAUCCCGAACUUGUGGCUCAUCUGAUUUGGUCCAUUCUAUUGAAGAGCAAGUUCCAAGCACCUAGUCAAAAUCCAAAGUCAUUGGGAGUGUCUUUGAUACCCGCUUUAGAAACAUCGCUUUUGACACUUGCUCAAAGAGAACCGAUUAUCGUGCAACGGCAUGAAUCUCAGAAGAACUAUUCAAGAGACGGCUCGAAAGCACAUCAAAAGCCUAAUUCAGUAUUAUCUUCGGACAUGGUGGCAGUGCUGACGCACAUUCAAGACUGUUUCGAUAGAAUCUUUGACUUGAUUCCUCAGUCUCAAGGUUCGAUUGAUACGAAAAAUGCCAAUGGGAGCUUCUUGAAGGCCAUUCAUCUCGCCACAGUUCAAGCACACAUUCUGGUAUGUGGAUGUUUGAACUUGGCUGCCCCGUCAUCUCUACUAACGAGGAUUGAAGGAAGGCUCUCUGAGAUGAUAAAGCUAUGCUUAAAAUCGCUUUUGACCAUUCUGAAAGCCAAAGAUGACAAGGCUCAGAAGUACUUGCCAGAACUAAGAGGAAUGACGUUCUGUUUAAGUGUAAUAUGUGAUGUUCCUGCACAGGUUCUAUCAAGCUGGCCAGAUGAUUUGGCUCAAGAUGUGAUCGAAACGAUAUUGCCUCACAUCUCGGAAUGGAGUCAACCAAAGUCCAAGACUGACAAAAAAGGUUCAAGCUUUGGGGAGGACGAUGGCGAAGAUGAACACGAGGAGGAGGAUGGUGAAGCUAGAAAUACGCAUGAGUCUUUCAAGUCCUCUCAGAUUCAAGUUGUUACCCAUGCCUACAUUCUAAGCAUCCACUUGAGUUGGAUCAUGGCAGAUGCCGCUCGAUUUGAACAGUCGGUGCAGAAGCUAUUAUGUUCAAUGGUCCAGUACUCCGAGGGCAGUUGCUCAUCAUCCAAUAAAUGUCACCUAAUCCUGAUUAUGAUUCAAAACUUGGCCACCAAACUGACCCGAAGGCCAACGAAAAUGGAAAACAUCAUCAAAUUGGUUCAGAACUGCGCUCGAUUCGCAUUGAAGAGCUCCAAGAACAAGGACGUGUCUGCUUUUGACCCUGGGGUUACUAUUACUCUUUUAAAUGCCAUGAAGAGUCUGAUUGGUCCAUUGGCUCAAGAUUUGGAUCCCAAUGCCACUCAACGAUUUCAGAUGAUUGUGAAAAUCCUGAUCAGUGUUCAACACAAGUCAGAUUUCAAGAUGUAUCCACCGGCAGUUGAGAUUGGACUCGUGGAGCUUCUUCUUGAAAUGGCCCAAAAACAAAGCCCUCUUCUGAAAGGGUCGGACUUGAACAAAACUUCAAACCAGUUGGAGAUCGUUCGAUUUGAAAAUGACAUUGAUAUCCCUCUCAGUUGUUGUUUCUUUCGGUUCAUCUCACACGAUUUGUGCCAAGUUCGAAUUCUAAGUUUGCACGGCCUUUAUCACCACUUCAAAAGGGCGGGUGUUGAUAUUGUGACGAAGCAAAAAGAUCUUCAGCUUUUGAAGGGCGCCGUGGAUCAUUUCAUGAACACUCACCCUCAAAGCAAGGGCACCUUGUCCCUGUACGCUCCAUGUGUUUUGGCAUAUGGGGUCGUGGCCUUAGCCGAGGAGGCCUUGGAUCGCGAGGUGAUCGUUGGUCUUAUCACUCUUCAGAUCUUACAUAAGAUACCGAAAUCUGCCACAAAAUUGGCCGUCAAAAACUUGGGUGUCCUCAAGAUCGGACAGGAUGUGACUACCCGGAGAUAUCUCACUCCCAUGCUCACAUUCAUAUUCAACGAGUAUCUGAAACUCUUUCAGACGUUCAAGAAGUUUCCCACGUUUCUGCUCGACUGUGACUCGGUCAGUUCCAUGGUUCGGGAUUUCGAAGAGCAAUGUGUUCCCGUCUACUUCUGGCGCCAUCCUAAUGAGGAUCAAAGUGAUAUGGUGGAGGAAUUAGGCAAACCUUUGGAAACCUUGUGCGUCAACAAUUUUCCUCGUAUUGCCGCCUUUAUGCUGCCUUCAGCCGCCCCUUUUGGAGAAACCAUUCAUUCAGAUCGGAAGGCGCGAACCAAGUCCAGGCUUAUCUUGGAUAAAGUGACAAGUGUGUUGGGUCAAGUGAAGUUCAAUGAUCUGCUGAACAAAUUCAUUCCGGAAAUUCUCUCCAUGGUAUUCAAGAGUGUUCAUGAUUCGACCGCUUUGAAAAGAAAAUUUGGUUGCGACUUUGUCUUGUGCCAACCCAACCCGCCGUACACAUCCGAAGACCUGGCUCUUAAUUUAAUUCCCUUCUUUGACGAAGUGGCGAAUUCCCAAGGAAAGCUCUUUUGUUUCUUAUUGGAGCUCCUCCCCGAUACUCUGCAACGAAUGGUCCACGAGAUUUCAGUGGAACUCAAGGAUGACACGGUUUAUGUUCACUCAAAAAUCCGCGCUCUUCAUGGAUUGCAUUUGUUUCUCUCCACCAUUGAGAAGGAGAAUGCUGAGCUCUUGGCCCAAAUGCCCUUCGUCCUCUGGUUCGUAACGGAUAAUAUACAAUUGAUCGUGACUAAAUAUGCCAUUUGCAAAGAGUUGCUAAUACUAUCUGUGGCCAUAGCCGAAAAAAUAAUCGACCUAAGUGCCUAUUUUCAAGAUCCCCAAGGUCAAGUCUUGUGGUUAGUUCCUCUUCGAAAUUGCCUUUGCCAAUUACUUAAUCACCCGGAUCCGUUGAUUCAACAACGGACCUUGAAUCUGUUCAAGAAUAUGCUGUCUACGCAUUCCAUUCGAAUCGAAUUAGCCAAAAUGGGACCAUUCCCGAUUGAUUCAAUGGAAGGCCGGGAUCUCAAUAGACUUCUUCUACCCGAUGAAGGGGCUUCGUUCUCGCUGUCGGAGAGCAUCAGUCAUUUUCUUGAAUUCGAAGAAUUUGACAAGUCCCAUCGUAUUCAAUCACUUCAAACUCUUCAACUACAGCUCCGAAAUCUUCGUGAAGAAAAGGACAUCCUGCUAGGUGAACUUGCGGACUCAAUGGGCUUCACCGAAGAUGCACGAUCCAGUCUGAUUCAUCGCCUAAUGUGUGAUUUACUCAAGAUUCUCGAGACCCAGAAUGGGUCCGAAAGCCAAGUUCGAGUUUUGGUCGCCCGAUGCUUGGGAGAAAUUGGUCCGGUGAACCUUCACACUCACUCGCUUGAGCCUCGUCCCGAGUUUCAGACCAACUUUUUAGACCUGUUCGACUCGUAUCUAUCUGUGAUCGUCAAAGCAGACAUUCCGUACAUAAAUAAUACUGACACUCAAGUCUCUUGUGCGGCAAUUCAAGUUCUGAAGGCUCUGAUUCCAACACCGCAAGAAAGGAAACUGACUGUGGACAAUUUGGGUCAUUACCACAAGCUCUUGGAGCCAUUUCGAACAUCCCAAUCAAGUCAAACCCCAUUCGUGUUCCAAGUAAAUGUGAAAACAUUUGAAAACAAGAUGAGCAACGAUGACCUGUGGUCAAUGUCCACGAGCUUCUCGGAUUGGAUCAAAGACAUAGUGAUUUCCCUCUUGAGUUGCUUGACUUCUGCCAGUACAUAUUUGGCUCUCAAAAAUCUAUGUUCUCUGGAAAGCGAAUUCGCGGCCGUUUGCUUUCCAAUUCUAGUCCAUGAAAUCCUUCGACGUCAUUUCAAUGAUCGGCCACGUUACAUCCUCUCGGAACGGUUCCAAGUCUUCUUCCACAAGUACGCUGAAAAAGGGUCGGGAUCGUGCGCUGAAUCGUCUCAAUCCUCAAUGUCGUCUAAUCAUGAUUUUAUCCCAUACCGUCACAAAUCUAGUUUGAUGACACUCAUUAAUGUGAUCAAUCAUUUACGGAACCAAAAGCUGGAUAAAAAUGAGGACAAGUGUUCAUGGCGAAGACACUUUUGGCUGAAAGACCUUGAUUACUUGGAAGUGGCUCAAGCCGCCCUUGAGUGUUCGGCUUAUUUUUCGGCCAUCCUCUUCUGUGACGUUUGGGCCCAAAACCUUCGGAAAACGGACGGGGAAUUGCACGAGCAAUCGGCUCAAUACGAAGGCGAAUCUUUGUUGAACUUGAUCACAGAGAAAUUUCCAGAGAACGGAGUUAAGUGCAAACAGAUCCUCUUUGAAUCCUACAAGAAUUUAGGAGAGAAGGACGCUCUUUACGGUUGCAAUGAUAUUGGAUCCACUCAAGGCCAACUACAAAUGAUGGUUCAAGAGCAAAAUUACUUCAAAGCCAUCGGCAUCAUGGAUUCGAACAUGGGGACAUUGUCCAUUUCCAAAGAAUUUGCGGACCUGAUGUUGCAAUCAGGAUUGUUCUCCACAUUACUGACGCAUCUGAAACUUCGAAGCUCAUUGACAAACCCAUCCAUGCAUCUGGAAAAUGUCCAAUAUGAGUGUCUGUGGCGUUUGGAACAGUGGGGACCCGUUGAGGCAGACCACAAAUCUUCUGAGGAGGACCCAGAGAACUUUCGUCUUCACCAUUACAACGCCCUUUCAUCUUUAUCGCAGGAACUCAGUCCCAGAUUUCCAAUGGACCUCACUUUGGCCAGACAAUCCAUGAUUGGAGCCUUGAGGCUCAAGAACCGGGAGAGCUCGGCCUCCCUUUACCAAUCAUUGGGCAGAUUGGCGCUAAUUACAGAGUUGGAAGAGUUCCAGUCCUUAGUCAAACAAGAUGGGAUGGCCCCGAUUAUUGACACCGAUCAUCUGACGUCAAAGUUUGAGUGCAAGCAUUUUUCAGAUAAAGAGCCGAUCCUUUUACAGCGCUGUCUAGCCAUUCAAAAAUUAAGACAACCCAUGGAUAGGAAUAUCGAGCCAUUGGUCCAAGCUUCCAUGGUCUACCUCGAUGACACCAUCGACGAGGGUGCCUUUCAACUAUCCCUGGAUCGACUUAAGAAACUGGAAACCAUCUUGGUUAUCGGCCAAGACGACCAACUGAGAAAUGAAGUGGUCCUUAAGAAGGCCAAAGCCUUUUGGCAGGCCAGCGAGAGGAAAAUGGCCAUAUCUAUGAUGGAACAGUUGGUCGUAAAGUUGAGGGGUGCCGAUCUCAAAAGUCGCAAUCGGCUUCAAAAUGCCGAUGAAGGGUUGCUUCCCGAGUGUUUGCUCACCCUCGGGAAGUGGUAUUGUAGCGAGAAAUCUCAGAGCCCCAACUCUGUGGAUACGGUCUUUUCGGAAGCUUUGACUUAUUACGAACGCUCCAAAGCCAACCACGAGCAACGAGCUGAAGCUUUUAUCACCAUGGCCAAGUUUAGUGACGAUCAAUAUCAAAAGCGGCUGGAGUACACCGAGUCUAAAGACUUUGAGAACAAGCAAAUCCAACGGCAACGAAUCUCGGAGUCGGUCAAAGACUUAGUGAACAUCAAGACAGCUCGCGGCAAUGCAGAUGUGACAAAAAGUCGGGUGAUCUUUGACAGAAGUGCCAAAAAUGACGCAUUGGAAGAGUCGUCAAUAUUGAAGGAAACCCAUCGGUUUUUGGAAUCGGCCGUGAUUAAUUACGGCCAAGCCCUGGCCAUCUCUGGCCAAUCACAAGACACUCCCGUUUACCGGUUCAUCUCGUUAUGGUUCAAUAAUGCAGCCAACGAAAAGGUCAACAAGAUAGUCGAGAGUCUCCUGAACCAUUUACCCACCUAUAAAUUCAUCCCCAUGGUGUACCAAUUGGCUGCCCGAUUAAGCAGCACCAAAUCCAAGUUCCAAACCCUGCUUUUUGAAAUGCUGGUCCGAUGUGUGAGAGAUCAUCCCUAUCACGCCAUUCCCGUGCUAUUGGCUUUGGUGAAUGCCAAUAAAGAUUCGGAAACCCCCAACAAAUCGGGCCCAAACGAUGCGGACAAGAUCAACGUGAGCAGCGAGGUCCUGAAUAAGGGACAGAGCAAACGGGAUCCCAGAGGAGCAGAUAUUGGCCAGAUCAUCACGAAGAUGAAUAUGUUGUGCGUGGCACUGAUUGAGUUUGCAUACCACCCCAACCAAUCCCAAUUGCCUGUCGCGUGCAAGAUCCAAAAGCUGCCAGAUUUGACGCGAAUCCCAAUCUUGACUACGACCAUCCCUGUACGAGAGGAUCGCAACUACAAGAACAAGUUUGUGGGUAUUCAGAAGCAAGGUACCAAUUUUUCUAACCCGGGCGGGAUUACAGCUCCCAAAAAGAUAUCUUGUUUGGGAACUGACGGACGAAAAUAUACUCAACUGCUUAAAGGCAAGGAUGACCUUCGCCAAGACGCUGUGAUGCAACAAGUAUUUUCCUAUCUGAACAUCUUACUCAAAUCUAACCGAUCAACACGGCAGAAACGUCUCCGGAUGCGACAGUACAAAGUUGUGCCCUUGUCUCAAAGGAGUGGAAUCUUGGAGUGGUGCGAAAACACGAUGCCUUUGAGGGAUUAUUUGAGUAAGGCGCACACACGCUAUUACCCCAAGGACAUGAAGUUGGAUACGAUUCGAAACGAGAUCAAGAAACUCUGUGAUAACCGAGAGUCGGAUGCCAACAAACGGGCACGUUUCCUCGAAUUGUCGAAGGCCUACCAUCCGGUGUUUCGAUACUUCUUCUAUGAGAACUUUCCAGACCCGAGCGUUCAUUUUGAACGCCGUUUGGCGUUUACCCGAAGCAUGGCAGCGGCCUCCAUGAUUGGAUACAUCCUCGGAUUGGGCGAUAGGCAUUUGCAGAACAUUCUGAUCGAUUGCACCACGGCUGAAAUAAUUCACAUCGAUUUUGGAGUUGCUUUCGAGCAAGGCAAGAUUCUGCCGACCCCGGAGAAGGUGCCUUUUCGUUUGACCAGAGACCUGGUGGACGGCUUCGGUCCUUGUGGAGUUGAGGGCUCCUUUAAGAGGUGUUGCGAGGAAACACUUGGAGUUCUGCGAGAGAACAAGGAAGGAAUUCUGACGAUCUUAGAAGUUCUGAUUCAUGAUCCGCUGUAUCAAUGGUCUCUGACUCCAGAAAGAGUGUUCCGCAUUUAUGGCGAAAACGUUCAGCGACCAGGUACCAAUGGUGGUCAAUCGAAUGCAUCCACAGUCUCCAAAGCCAGUGGAGAACGCAAUCAAAUGGCCGAGAUGGCCUUGCAUCGAGUAAGGCAAAAGUUGAAUGGAUUAGAGGAAGGCAAUUAUUUGUCCAUAACAGGUCAAGUCAACGGACUUAUUCAACAGGCCCGAGAUGCUCAAAAUCUUAGCUUGAUUUUUCACGGUUGGGGCGCUAUGCUUUGAAUACCCCCAGUGGAACGCAGAGAAAGAAUAAUAAAUCUGUUAAUAUUUGAACUCA